AAACACCCACCAGAUGAGAUAUCUGUUUGCAUGAAGUGCAAACACGUAUGUCCUGAACUUUGGAGCAGAACAAGAAGCUAUUUAGACUGUUGGGAAAGAUUUCUGCCUGAAGGGAAAUAAUCAAAGAGAAAAUGGUGAAGAUUUAUCCUGUUAUUUUGAUGUGCAGUUUGCUGCUUGAAACCUGGAUUUCUUCUGGAGCUUCAGUGUUUCUGCCGAGGGAUCUGGCGGGGUCUCUUCUGAAGCGACAGAAACGCUUCAACACAGGUCGAUUUGAGGAGAUGAUGAAGGAUAAUUUAGAGAGGGAGUGUUAUGAAGAACGCUGCAAUCUAGAAGAGGCCAGAGAGUUUUUUGAAGACCAUGAACAAACCAUGAAAUUCUGGACCAGUUAUUUGGAUGGAGACCAAUGUCAGUCAUCUCCGUGUCAGAAUGGCGGAAAAUGUGAGGAUGGUAUGAAUACAUACACCUGCUGGUGUCUAGCCCGCUUUAGUGGGAAGAACUGUGAGUUGGAAAUGGCAAAACAGUGUAAUGUAAAUAAUGGAGGUUGCAUGCACUUCUGCACUGUGGAUAAAAUUUAUGGAGCAGUGUGUGACUGUGCCGAGGGUUACAGACUGGCUCUGGACGGCAAGAGUUGUGAACCUACAGGGCAAUACCCAUGUGGACGUCUUGGAGCGACUAUUAUUGGAACUUUUAGCUCAAGAUCUCUCUCUACCAGUGAUGAGAAUGAAAAUCAAAGUCACUCUGUCAAUCACAUCAAUACAACAGAACAAAAUACAAUAGAGUCCAGUCCUACAACAGAGUCCAGUCCUACAGAUUCCCCUGAUGUGAACGGGACUAGCACACCUCAGCCAACACCGCAAAACAUCACCUCCUCCUUUCCCACUCGGCCCACUAUCAAAAAUGCAACAAACACUGACCAUCGUAUUGUAGGAGGAAGCGAGGCAAUACCAGGGGAGAUUCCCUGGCAGGUGGUUUUUAUGGAAAAUGUGAGUAAGAAUCCAUUUUGUGGUGGCUCUCUCCUCAGUGAAGAAUGGGUCAUUACAGCUGCCCACUGUGUUGAAGGAAAAAUGGGAUUUUUCUUCGUUAGAGUAGGGGAACAUGAUGUAUCAAAGAAUGAGGGAAGAGAGAGUGACCACGGCAUAGCGGAGUACCAUAUCCACCCACGUUACAACUCUCAACGGAGUCUUUACAAACAUGACAUCGCCCUGUUAAAGCUCAAGGGACCCAUUAAAUUUUCUGACUACGCCUUACCCAUCUGCCUGGGCUCUAAAGACUUCACAGAGAACCUGCUCCAGAAUGCAGAAAACUCCCUGGUAAGCGGCUGGGGCAGGCUACGGUUUGGGGGCAUGGAAUCUAAAACACUUCAGAAAGUAGAAGUCCCCUUUGUGGACCGGAUUGAGUGCAAAGGCAGCAGCACCGACACCAUCUCCCGCUUCAUGUUCUGUGCCGGUUACAGUAUGGAACGCAAGGAUUCCUGUCAAGGGGACAGUGGAGGACCCCAUGCCACCCGCUAUCAGAACACGUGGUUCCUCACGGGCAUCGUCAGCUGGGGGGAGGAGUGCGCCAAGGAGGGAAAGUAUGGCAUCUACACCCGUGUCUCCAGAUAUACGUACUGGAUAAGUAACAUUACUGGCAUCAGAAUAGGACAUAUGUCCAAUAAUGAUCAACAGAGUUGGAAUUAGAUUAAAAGUAUCAUAAAAAUACAUGCUGGAAUGAAUUAGAGCUCACAGACAUUUUUGUACAGAUGAUAUUUACUAGUCAUCAUUCAACAUACUGUAACAAUCAAGAAAAAAUAUAGUUUUCCAUCUUACACUUUGUGCUUGUACAUCUAGUGAAAUUAUUUUCAUACAUGAUAUACCACAAAUCUGUAUGAGGUCACUUUCAUCUUAGUAACUCUGUACAUAUUAUACACUAGAAGUGUAUGGCUUUAAGAAGUGUACUUCGACUGAAGUACACAUGAAACCCUUUCAGACCGCAUCCACUUUUCUUCUCUCUUGUCAAGCCCUCUUUUUAAUGACAUGCAAAUGUACCCUACUGUUCAAAAGUUUGGGGUCGGUUUUGUGCUCACUCAACCUUAUACGUGAUAAAAAUACAGAAUUUUUUUACAAUGUCAUUUGUUCAGGCAAAGCUGAAUUUUUAGGAGUCAUUACUCCAGUUUUCAGUGUCACAUGAUCCGUCAGAAAUCAUGCUAAUAUGAUGAUUUGGUCUUAAGAAACAUUUCAAGAACAGCAUUUAUUUGAAAUAUAAAUACUUAUCAGUUUCUUUAUUGUCAUUUUUGAUCAAUUUAAUGCAUCCUUUCUAGAUCAAGUCAUUUCUUUUCAGGGAAAAAUCUUAGUAAAAUCUUACUGACCCCGAACUUUUAAACGGUAGCGUUUGUUCUUUGCAGUUUUUAAUUAGCUAAUGCAAAUUCACCUCUAUGGUUUCUAAGUGGUUAACAAAGUUAAAUGCACAUUGUGACUGCAGGAAGUUUGACACAGAAAAGGUUAAUUAAAAAAUAAUGGAGGAAGUUUGGAGAAGUUUACAGUGGACAUUAUAAUUAUGUAUACCACCACGUUUUAUUUCAAUGACAAAAACUGACCUAAAUAUGGUGGAUGUGUUAAAAAUGAUUUUUAAAACCAAAUAUUAACAAAUAAAUAAACCCAUAUAAAACACUUUGAUAAGUAAUAAAAUUUGCUAAGUAGUGCAAAACAGCCAUAUUGAUCUGACUUAAAGUGAAUAUGAAUAUAAACAUAGAUCAUCUGAAAGUGAGCAGUUUGUUUUUAAGCAUACCUGAAGCAAUAAAGCAAUCACAUUGCUGACUA